AUGGGGAAGAAGACCCGGGCAGUACCAGGCCGCAGGCCCAUCCUGCAGCUGUCCCCGCCUGGUCCCCGGAGUAGCACUCCUGGAAGGGACCCAGAGCCGGAGAUCGAUAUCGAGCCGGACUCGAUGGCGGCUGCCCCCGGCCCGCCAGCCCCGGCGGCGGCAGCGCCCAUCACGACGACUGCGGCGCCGCCUGCCGCAGCCUCGGACGACCGACCUGCCGAAGAUGAACAACAGGAAGUGGUGGUGAAGGUUCCCAAAGUUGUUCAGAAUCCUUCAAAACCAGUCAUGACUGCCAGACCCACAGCUGUUAAAGCAACAGGAGGUCUUUGCUUACUUGGUGCAUAUGCUGACAGUGAUGAUGAUGAAAGUGAUACUUGGGAAAAAACAACACAAUCAAAAGAGACAAAUGGAAACCAGUCAGCUGAUAUUGACAGUACAUUGGCCAAUUUCCUAGCGGAGAUUGAUGCUAUAACAGCUCCUCAGCCUGGUGUUUCUAUUCCCCCUCCAACUCCACCUCGUCCAGAGCCCAAGGAGCCCUCAACAUCUGCCCUUUCUUCCACUGCGUCCAAUGGAACAGACCCAGCCCAGAUGUCGAGGUGGCAGUAUGAUACCCAGUGUUCACUGGCAGGAGUUGGAAUUGAGAUGGGAGAUUGGCAGGAAGUCUGGGAUGAGAAUACAGGGUGCUACUACUACUGGAACACCCAAACAAAUGAAGUCACUUGGGAAUUACCUCAGUAUCUUGCUACACAAGUACAGGGAGUACAGCAUUACCAGCCCAGUUCUGCAUCAAGUGCUGAAGCUACUUUAUUGAUAAACACAGACAUAAUGACUAAGGAGAAGACAGUAUCUGUUUCCAGUAGUAAAAGUGGUCCACUCGUAACCAAGCGAGAGAUUAAAAAGGAAGUAAAUGAAGGAAUCCAGGCACUCUCAAAUAAUGAGGAGGAGAAGAAAGGAGUGGCAGCAUCCCUGCUUGCCCCUUUACUGCCUGAGGGAGUAAAAGAGGAAGAGGAAAGAUGGAGACGAAAAGUCAUUUGUAAAGAAGUAGAACCUGUUUCAGAAGUUAAGGAAGCAAGUACACCAGUGGAAGAAACAGCAACAAUAAUGAAGCCCCAAGAAAUUAUUAUUGACCCUAUAGAAGACCCUUCUCAAGAGGAUAUUUGUAGUGUGGUUCAGUCUGGAGAAAGUGAGGAGGAAGAAGAGCAAGAUACCCUUGAGUUGGAGCUGGUUUUAGAAAGGAAAAAAGCGGAGUUGAGAGCCUUGGAAGAAGGAGAAGGGAGCGUGUCAGGGUCUAGUCCACGUUCUGAUAGCAGCCAGCCAGCAUCUCAAGAUGGAAUGCGUCGACUUGCCUCUAAAAAAGGAAAGUGGAAGUUGUUUGUUCGAGCUACCAGUCCAGAGUCCACCAGUCGGAGUUCUAGCAAAACUGGCCAAGAUACUCCAGAAAACGGCGAAAUUGCCAUUGGUGCAGAGAAUUCAGAAAAAACAAGUGAGACUUCAGACAAAGAGAUGGACAUAGAAGAAUCUCCAGAGAAGACUAAAGUACAAGUAACACCUAAGGUGGCAGAAGAACAGGAUUUAAAAUUUCAGAUUGGAGAACUGGCAAACACCCUUACCAGUAAAUUUGAAUUCCUAGGCAUUAAUAGACAGUCCAUCUCCAACUUUCAUGUGCUACUCUUACAGACUGAGACUCGGAUUGCAGACUGGCGGGAAGGUGCUCUUAAUGGAAUCUACCUUAAACGAAAGCUCCAGGAUGCAGCAGAACAACUAAAACAGUAUGAAAUAAACGCCACUCCUAAAGGCUGGUCCUGCCACUGGGACAGGGAUCAUAGACGAUAUUUCUAUGUAAACGAACAGUCCGGCGAGUCUCAGUGGGAAUUUCCAGAUGGUGAAGAGGAGGAUGAAGAACGCCAACCACAAGAAAAUAGAGACGAAACUCUUCCUAAACAAAUUUUGAAAGACAAAACUGGCACUGAUUCUGCCGAAUCCUCUGAGAAUUCCACAGGUUCUCUUUGUAAAGAGUCCUUUGCUGGCCAAGUGUCGUCUUCAUCAUCGCUGAUGCCACUUACUCCAUUCUGGACCCUUCUUCAGUCAGAUGCGCCUGUACUUCAACCUCCAUUACCUUUGGAAGUGCCACCACCCCCUCCUCCACCUCCAGACUCUCCUCCGCCACCUCCGCCACCGCCACCGCCACCACCACCACCACCACCUCCUCCCCCUCCGCCACCUCCGCCACCUCCUCCCGCAGAAGAUGGUGAGAUACAGGAGGUGGAGAUGGAAGAUGAGGGAAGUGAGGAGCCUCCUGCUCCAGGAACAGAGGAGGACUCACCUUUGAAACCUUCACCACCAGCCACAGCUGUAACUUCCCAGAGUCCAGCUGAUUCUAGCACUUCUAGUUCUCCUUCCACUAAAGGCGUAAAGAGAAAAGCUACAGAAAUAAGCACUGCAGUUCAGAGAUCAGCUACCAUUGGCAGUUCUCCUGUCAUCUACAGCCAGGCGCCUGUAGCAAGAGGUCAGCAGGCAGCAGUGAUCACUAACCAGACCACAGGGAUUGGACUCCCGGCAGUAACAGUUAGCCUUCCAGCAGUGGGACUGGGGCAACAAACCAGGACCAUGAGCCUACAAUCGAGUUACCUAGGACUUGCAACACCAUCAGCACUUAUGAGCUAUGCUGACUGUUCUGUUCCCAUUGGAGUGACUGCUGCCACUCUGCAGCCAGUCCAGUCCCGGGGUGCUGUGCCAACCACCACCAUUCUAGAACUACCACCACCUCCUCCCCUGCCAUCAACACCACCACCACCAGCUCCCAAAGUGCCACCACCGGAGAAGACCAAGAAAGGAAAGAAAGAGAAGGCAAAGAAAAGUAAAACGAAGAUGCCAUCUCUGGUAAAGAAGUGGCAGAGUAUCCAGCGUGAGUUAGAUGAAGAGGAGAACUCGAGUUCCAGUGAAGAGGACCGGGAAUCAACAGCUCAGAAGCGAAUUGAAGAGUGGAAACAGCAGCAGCUGGUCAGUGGAAUGGCAGAAAGAAAUGCUAAUUUUGAAGCCCUUCCUGAAGAUUGGCGAGCAAGACUGAAGAGGAGAAAAAUGGCUCCAAACACUUAA